AUGAACGUUGAGAAUGCAUCAAGAACCCAUGUCUCUCUCUACUUUGCUCCAAGCCAGCGCGUACAAAUUAUCUCCCAAGAGAUCGUGAUACCCUCCCUUACACCCAGCACCGACCGAACUCUGGAAGCGGGCAUCACAAAGCACCCCAAUCUACAACGCGGAGGCGGGCAUACAUCCGUGCAAAAGACAUCGACCUCGGCCAAACUGCACGCGUCUGUUCGCCGGGAGCCAAAGAUGCCCCUCCCGAGAUGCACGGAAGAUCGGGCCUUCUGUCAUAGCGUCGGAAGCAAGACCAAAAUAAGCCAGCGGCAAAACGGGAAAAAACGGGUAUAUGCGGGCGCCCAAUGGCUCACCCACGGCCCGCACGUGAGCGUGGAAACGCACUCAGGCUUUUUUGGGCGUGUGCUUGGAGGCAAGGGGGCAAAUGUCUUUCUCUAG